CCCCUUCCCACCCAGAGGCUGUGAGCACGUGCCCCGGAGGCAAGCACCCCCAGGGGCUGAUGGCUAAGCUGAGAACCACCUGGAGUGAGCUGCCCUUGGAAGACAGCCCAGGGGGCCAUGGCCCAGUCCACCUCCACGUCCCCUGACGAGGGAGCCACCUUCGAGCACCUCUGGAGCUCCCUGGAGCCAGACAGCACCUACUUUGACCUUCCGCAGUCGAGCCGGGGGAGUAACGAGGCUGCCGUCGGUGCCGAGCCCAGCAUGGACGUCUUCCAGCUGCCGGGCCUGACCACCUCCGUCAUGGCCCAGUUCAAUUUGCUCAGCAGCACCAUGGACCAGAUGAGCAGCCGCCCGGCCCCAGCCAGCCCCUACACCCCCGAGCACGCGGCCAGCGUGCCCACCCACUCGCCCUACGCGCAGCCCAGCUCCACCUUUGACACCAUGUCCCCGGCGCCCGUCAUCCCCUCCAACACCGACUACCCUGGCCCCCACCACUUCGAGGUCACCUUCCAGCAGUCCAGCACAGCCAAGUCAGCCACCUGGACGUACUCCCCACUGCUGAAGAAGCUCUACUGCCAGAUUGCCAAGACCUGCCCCAUCCAGAUCAAGGUGUCCACGCCUCCGCCCCCGGGCACGGCCGUGAGGGCCAUGCCGGUUUACAAGAAGGCRGAGCACGUGACUGACAUUGUGAAGCGCUGCCCCAACCAUGAGCUUGGGAGGGAUUUCAACGAAGGACAGUCUGCCCCGGCCAGCCACCUCAUCCGCGUGGAGGGCAACAGCCUCUCACAGUAUGUGGACGACCCCGUCACCGGCAGGCAGAGUGUCGUGGUGCCCUACGAGCCCCCGCAGGUGGGGACGGAGUUCACCACCAUCCUGUACAACUUCAUGUGCAACAGCAGCUGCGUGGGGGGCAUGAAUCGCCGGCCCAUCCUCAUCAUCAUCACCCUGGAGACCCGGGAUGGACAGGUGCUGGGCCGCCGGUCCUUUGAGGGACGCAUCUGUGCCUGUCCUGGCCGUGACCGCAAAGCCGACGAGGACCACUACCGUGAGCAGCAAGCCCUGAACGAGAGCACCACCAAGAGCGUGGCUGCUGGCAAGCGGGCGUUCAAGCAGAGUCCCCCUGCCAUCCCCACCCUGGGCAGCAGCGUGAAGAAGAGGCGGCACGGGGACGAGGACGUGUACUACAUGCACGUGCGCGGCCGGGAGAACUUCGAGAUCCUGAUGAAGGUGAAGGAGAGCCUGGAGCUGAUGGAGCUGGUGCCGCAGCCGCUCGUGGACUCCUACCGGCAGCAGCAGCAGCAGCAGCUCCUGCAGAGGCCGAGUCCCCUGCAGUCUCCGUCCUAUGGGCCUGUCCUCUCCCCCAUGAGCAAGGUGCACGCCGGAGUCAGCAAGCUGCCCUCGGUCAACCAGCUGGUGGGYCAGCCUCCCCCGCACAGCUCAGCGGCUGGGCCCAACCUGGGGCCCAUGGGCCCUGGGGUGCUCAACAGCCACAGCCACACGGUGCCGGCCAACGGGGAGAUGAACGGCGGCCACAGUUCCCAGUCCAUGGUCUCGGGACCCCACUGCUCCCCACCACCGCCCUACCACGCCGACCCCAGCCUUGUCAGCUUUCUAACAGGAUUGGGGUGCCCAAACUGCAUCGAGUACUUCACCUCCCAAGGGCUGCAGAACAUGUAUCACCUCCAGAACCUGACCAUUGAGGACCUCGGGGCCCUGAAGAUCCCUGACCAGUACCGCAUGACCAUCUGGAGGGGGCUGCAGGACUUGAAGCAGGGCCAUGACUGUGGCCAGCAGCUGCUGCGCUCCAGCGGCAACACCGCCACCAUCUCCAUCGGCGGCUCGGGGGAGCUGCAGCGGCAGCGGGUCAUGGAGGCCGUGCAUUUCCGCGUGCGCCACACCAUCACCAUCCCCAACCGCAGCGGCCCCGGGGUGGCCGGCCCCGACGAGUGGGCGGACUUCGGCUUCGACCUGCCCGACUGCAGGUCCCGCAAGCAGUCCAUCAAGGAGGAGUUCACGGAGACUGAGAGCCACUGAGGGCCUGGCCUCCCCGGCGCCUGCCACGGUCGCGCUUGGCCUCAGUGGCAAGACCUUUGGGCUGUGCCCGGAGAAAAGGCAGGGACCUCCCACUGUGCACCGCUUCCCAGGGGACAUCACUGGCCUUCUCCGGCCACCGGAGAUGCCCGUCGCGCCUGAAUCCCUGUGGGAAACUCUGGAGCUGCCUACCCGCAGGCUGGCCAGGUGGGGCUUGGGCUGGUGCUGGGCAGGCUGUCCCUGGCAGGAGGAGGCACACCAGCGUCUGUUCUUUGGGGACUCUGCCCUCUCCCAACCAAGCAAGGACUCCUCUGCUGAUGUUCUGCCAAAAAGUAUUUCUGGUGUUUUUUUGUUCUGGGUAGCAGUGAGCAGCGGGUGACUGCCCUGAGACAUGGUCACCGGCAGGUUGAGUCCAAACUGUGGUGCCCCAGGUGGGGCUGGGGGCUCCUCUGCGGGAACUGACGAUGGCUCUGUCCCCUGCACACCCACCCGCAGUGACCGAAAUCAGAGCUGGCUGGAACUGGAGAGGACGGUGGACAGGGGCAUGGCCCC